AUGUCAGCCUCUGAGGAGCGUAGUACAGCGGAUCUAUGGAGGUCAUUAAACUUCCCUCUACUACUCGAGGAGAUGUCCAACACUUUAGAGGUUAUGGUACAAUCUAGAGCACAUUACCAACAUGAGAUCGAUAAUUUGAGUAGGAGGGCUAAGCAAGCGGAGACGUCAUUUAAUAAGCUCUACCAGCUCCUCAAACCAUUGCCCGACCCAGUGUCUGCUAUGGCUACUACCCUUACUAACGCUACUGAUGAACACAUUGAUGAGUUGAGUAAUACCAUACGAAGGAAGGAUGAUGAGAUCGUGAGACUGACAUCAAAGUUGGCUGAUCUAGAGACUGAGUUCUCAACUCUAACCAAUCAAGCUGUUACUGUCCGUCGUCUUAAGGAGGCUCUCAAGGCCAAGGAUGAUGAGGCCGAUGAGAAGGUUCAAGCAGCUCUUAGUCAACAGGAGGAAGAGUUCACUACACGACUACAGCAUCAUCAUAUUAAUCUUGAUGAUCGCAUACAGCGAUUACAGCAGGAAUUGGAUAAUGAGAGAGAUCGUCGAAAGGAAGCUGAGAGUCUUAUCACAAGAGCUGAGGAGGAGAGGAGACAUUAUAGUAAAAUGUCGGAAGAUAGUUUACAGGCAUUGACAGCUGAGAACGAGACACUUGCCGCGGAUAUUGACCGACUCACUGGAGAGGUUGAAGCAUUGAGGAUUCAGACCAAGUCCACACAUGGAAUGGAUCGGACUUUAGAGCUUCAACAAGAACGUCAACGUAAUGAAGCCCUCGAAGCCGAGUUGGUUACAGUACGGUCUAAGGCUGAUGCUGAUAGGGAGGAACGACUUAAUACCAUCAAUCACCUACAACAGGAGUGCUUGGACCUUGCUGAUGAAAUAAAGAUGGUAACAGAGAGGCUUAGACAAGAGGAGAAAGAGGUGGCUAGACUCAAGGAUGUUGAGGGAGAUCUUCAAAAGUGUCAGGCAACUCUAGAGAAGAUGAAGAUCGUCGAGUACAGUGCAGACCCAUCAGAAGGAUCGACUGAGCUAGAGAGGAUGCUCCUAGGGAAGGUUCGGAAUCUAGAGGGACAGUUGGUACCAUUACGGGCUAAGGCAUCUGAGGUUAGUACCAUAGCAGAUAAGCUUCGACAACGGGAGGAGGAAGUAUCGAUGUUAAAGGAAUCAUUGGAUAGGUUGGAAAAGCUUGGCAAUGAUGUGAGUUAUUAUUAUCUUGCUCAUCCUUAUUACCCCCUUCUAUAG